AUGUCGUCUUCGACGUCCGUCUUAUCGAAGACGCUUCAGUCUAUCACAACCACCAAAAUCCGCGAGUUGGAGAAGCAGCGCACUCAAUUGGAGAGCCGCAAGGGCAAAAUCCUCGAGCAAGCCGAAAGCUACCACAACCAGUGCGAUCGUAUCAACUCUUUACUCCAUGGAGUCAAGGAGCUGUAUUCCAAUGGCAACAGAACUGACACCAGCAUCGACAACAUCGGCAACUUACUAGCUCAGUCCAAGUAUGACACGUCAGUGCCUUCCGCAAUGUUGCGGGCUUCUGAGGAACUAUUGAGGUCCAAACUUGAGGUGCAAAGCCAUAAACUCAAUAUGGCACACCUAUACUCGCGACUUGUUAGCGAGUGGAUCAACCCUGGAAGCCCCAUGGAGAAUCCCGUCGCCGCCGACUUGACAGACGAAGACUCCUCCCUCAGUGAUUGCCAGCAAGAGCGGCUGCGAAAUCUGUGUGACCAAUUUGAGAAAGUAGUCUUCACGCCACUGGAGACCGACGAGACGGAAAUCAACAACUAUCUGAGUAGUCUAUUGGAGACUAGCAAAAGCAAAAGAGCAUUCGAAGAUGUUCGGCGACAAAUCGCAUAUACAAGCGAGCAGUUCCUCAAGGGUACGAACCCGUUCAACACGGUCACGCUGAAGAAGUGCAUCACCAGCCUCCUCCAGCAAGACCUGCUGAGCGACGAGAAGCAGGAAAUUCUGCGUGAGUUUGAAGGCAACGAAGUCGUCCUGCGGGAGAUUGCCGAUGUUCUGAACACGCGAUUCGCCGACUUUGACAAUUGGGAAUGGGACGCCGGCAAAGAGGGAGUCCCGUUUCUCCCGCGCCAGCAAGCCAACGGAAAGUACCGCAUCUGGAUGGACGAAGAUGUGUUGCAGGCCAUCUUCAUCCACUGGAUCGGCGUCAACAGCUGCGUCAGCUUGAAAUCGACCCUGACGAAUUUCGUCUCCCUGGACGGGGCCGAUCAGGUCUGGAGAUGGCACGCCGAGCCACCCGCGACUGAGAGGCAAACCCAGAGGCGAACGUACUAUCUCGGCGAAGCGCCCAAAGAGCUCUCUGAUAGAUCUUGGCGCUCCUCAACAAGGAGGGGGGGGAAGACGGCCAAUAGAACUCUCAGGAAUCGCCAAUUCCGGCCUUCCACUUCUGACGAUACGGUCGCCGGAUUCCGCAAGAAGAACUUCAUCGAGAGAUUUUGUCUCGCCGCCCUGCCAAGCCGAGUUGAUACGCUCACCGAAGCACUGUACACGGAUGAUGGCGGAGUAACGGGGGAUGAUGAUGGUGAUGACGAUGCUGCUUCGUCUGAUUGGGUGCGGGCUCAAAAGUCGAAUUUGAACGUCAAACAGCUUCUUCUGCGCACGCUUGCCACCGAGACAAUGCUGCAUCAAGCGCUUCACGGAAGAGCUGCCGUGGUGCAGUCUGAUCUCAAGUGGUUCGGAGCCAGCUUAUCGCACACGUCAAUCUUCGCCACCCUUCGCUUCUUUGGGUUUCCCGAAAACCUUAUCUCGUUCUACCGCAAGGUUCUCGAGACGCCGGUGAACCUGGGUCCCUCUUCUGAAUCAGUAGUAUCGUCGAGUGAGCCUCGCGUCAGACACAGGGGUACACCGAUGGGUCGGACGCCAGCGAAACUCAUCGGGGAGUUGAUCUUGUUCGUGAUGGACUUUGCCGUCAACCAAGAGACUGGGCUGCAACUGUACCGCCUACACGACGAUCUCUGGGUUGCUGGCGAUCCGGAGCAUACGGCCAAGGCGUGGUCUGCCAUGGAACGCUUCGCCAAGGUCAUGGGAUUGGAGUUUAACAUGAAGAAGACUGGCUCGGUGUACUUGACCAGUGAAGGGGUGCCCCGGGACGAAGCCAUCGAUGCAGGGCUACCCAAAGGGCCUGUCAGCAUCGGCCACCUUGUACUGGACCAGAAGACCGGGAAAUGGACUAUUGACCAGGCACACGUCGCGGAGCAUGUGAAGCAGCUUCGGAAACAGCUCGCUGAGUGCAGGAGCGUUCUCGACUGGGUGCGCACAUGGAACAGCUGCAUCAGCCGCUUCUUCGGUCAGGCAUUUGGGGAACCGGCCUACUGCUUUGGCAAAGAACACGUCGAGAGUGUCUUGCAGACCUACCAGAAGAUGCAGCGCGACAUCUUUGGGCCAUGGUGCACCAAGAACAGCGGCUGUUCAACCAGCGGCGAGGCGGGUGAGGACCAGCUCAGCGUCGUCCGCUACAUCAAAUCCAAGAUUGAGCAACGCUUCGGGGUUACAGACGUGUCGGACGCCUUCAUUUUCUUCCCGGAUCAACUAGGUGGGUUGGGCCUUCGAAACCCAUUUAUACCAUUUCUCAAGGCCCAGGAGAGUCUUUCUGGAAAAGGAGCAUCUGCGGAAGAGAAGGUGCAAUCGUUCUUUGAUAGCGAACGCCAGGACCAUGAGGACAAGAAGAGGACCUUUGAAUAUACAAAGACCACCAGGAUGCGUGAGCUAGAGGAUGGUUUUCAGAGCCGUUUCGACCCUGACUUCCUCGGCCCGGACGAUGCGGAUACGUUCUUCACCUACGAGGAGUACACUGCGAAUCGGAGCACCACUAGCAGUCUUUUGAAAAGCCUUUACGAGCAGGUUCAGGAGAGCCCAUUCGAGACAAGCCCCAGGACUGACCGGCAUGUCGAUCAAGUGUUGGAGGGCUUGCAUAUCCAGCCAGCGAGUCUAUGGUCCGAGGUGCAAUGGAUAGUGCAAAUGUAUCAUCAGGAGGCGAAAGACCGGUUCGAUGGUCUUCGGCUGGUUGACGAGCGAUUUUUACCGCUCGGCGUCAUUGAUAUGAUGAGGGAGAAGGCCGUGCGCUGGGGUUUAGUUCUCUAA